GCUGAAGAGUUACGGAUCUGCACGCAGAAGCCCCGGCUGGAUACGACGGAGACAACCGACGGCAUCAUGAUGACCGUCUGCGGCUCCAACAUGUGCAACGCAGCCGGCCCGCGCCUCUCAUUGGCGGCCACCGCUCUGUUGCUCAGCCUGGCCGCCUGUCGCCUGGUCUGAGCCUGACACCGGCUGCGCCUGCUCUGGGCUCCUGCCGUCUGCUGCACGUCAUCCGGGCGUCUGCCACCCCUGUACCUCCUCCGAGCACUUUGUGGCCUGAUGUGCCUCCUCUGGGCAUCAGCCCGCACUCUCUCUCUCUCCUGUGGGUGCCUGACUGUGUUCUGCACCUGUCCUCCGGCGCCUGUGGCUGCUGCGGGCGGUGACCGAGAUGUGUGCCCUCUCCCUCCCCAUUUCAGCUACUUACAUGUUCUCUUUCUCAACCUCUUCCCCUCAGCUCAUUGCCGCGCGCAUGGCCCCUGCUGUCUCGGUGCGGACUCCACUCGUGCCCGUUGGCCGGCCUCUUGCCGCGCUGUUUUCUGAUUCCGCCUGGUGGGCGGCACAUCCACAAAUCGCCGCGGUGACUGGCUGUUCCGGCGCCGGUAAUGGCCAGGUGCCGGACUGGCACGAACAGCUGCCCGCCCAGCCACUCCCUCUGCACGAGCUCACGUGUUCGUACACGAGUCAGAGGAAGCGGCGGCUCAGGGCUGGCUCGGCCGUCACAGUCCACGCAGCUGGCUUCAGCGUACCAGCGCUAUGUGGUUCUGAAAGCUUGAGUACAAAGGCGCCAUUCUAAGGUCUCGGUCUGAUAACGACGCCAACGUUGAUGUCAAAAGUUAAGCAUAAGAAAAUGUAUGUUACUUUUGGACGC